AUGUGGUACAAUGUCGGUGAGGAUGAAAUUCAACAUAUGUCCGAUGAUGACGAUGGGGAUGAUAUGCCUCUCGGCGAUACCCAUAUCGCGCAAGGUGUCCCAUUGGAUCCAUUGACGGGUGUGCUCAUGGGCGUUCCGCAAAGCCUUCUGAGAUAUCAUCCGAUCCACACAGAUGCCAUGUUCCUAUGGAAGAAGCACUUGGAAAACGUGGAGCCUCUGUGCAAAAUCCUACACAUUCCAUCAACUGGCAAAAUGAUCGAUCUCGUUUCCCGUAAUCCUGAAACAGCGUCCAAAAUUGAUGAUUGUCUGUUGUUUGUGAUUUACCACGCUGCAGUGUUUUCAAUGUCAGAUAAAGAAUGUAACGACCAACUCAGAGAGACGCGGUCUACCUUGAUUCAACGAUUCCACUUUGCCGCACAGCAAGCUCUCGUGAAUGCGUCAUUUCUUCAAACAACAGAAUUCUCUGUGUUACAAGCCCUUUGUCUCUUUCUUCUCUCCAGUCGUCAUAUCUAUGAUCCGCAUACAUACUGGAUACUGACCGGAACCGCGGCCCGUAUAGGUCAACGCAUAGGUCUCCAUCGGGAUGGAGAAAAGCUGGGCCUACCACCCUUCGAUGUGGAGAUGAGACGACGGCUAUUUUAUCAGAUUGUCCCACUGGAUGGCAGGGCGAGCCAAUUUGCCGGUAUUAAUUUUGUCAGUCUGCCUGAAUCCUGGGAUACUCAGCCACCGUCGAACAUCAAUGACGAGCAAAUCUGGCCGGGAAUGACCGAGACGCCUGUCGAGCAAAGAGGCGCAACGGAUAUGAUCUUUUGUUUGUCGCGAGCGUACAUUGGAAAAACCCUAGCAAGGUCGGGAAAUCCAAUCAACAGCACAGCCGCUUGGAAUUUAACAGAUCAUCACGAAGCGGAGAAAGUAAUAAGUGCUGUGGAAAACGAAGUCGAGGGAAAGUUUAUUCGUUAUUGCGACAUCGUCAAUCCGCUGCACCAUCUCACUAUCUGUCUUGUUCGGUCGUGUAUGACAACUAUGCGCCUCAAAAUUGGCCUCCCCAAAGUGAGAAAUCAGACUGCCACCGACGCGGAGUGGAAGGAGCUGUUCUGCUUUGCUCAAAAGACCUUAGAUAUUGAUGCGGCAAUUCAUGUCUGCAGAGGCACCAGCAGGUAUCGGUGGCACAUCAAACCAUACUUUUCGUGGGAGACUCGGGACUCCCUCAUUUUUAUCUUGACUACAUUGUUCAAAAGACACAAUAUUCUCUCUGCUGGCGAAAUUGACGCGGCCUGGGCAACUGUGGCACAACAUUUUCAAACCCACGAUGAGCUUUUCGACAGCAAGCAAGCGCUGUAUGUGGCGCUUCGGCGUCUCGCUCUGAAGGCUUGGGAUUCUUACCGUCUAAUCAGCGUUACCCCGGAGCCAGACUUUGUUCGUCUGUUACGAAGUGCCAGAGAAGAAAGGGAAAAGAGACAACAUAAAGGGGACAAGUCGAAAUAUUCUACUGAUGCGACAUCAUCAACUGGCCCUUUCGCUGCGGAUGAUACGAAUGCCUCACUUGACAGUCUCUCGCAUAGUCUUGAUCUCGAAAUAGGCCCCAGUUCCGGGCUCAACGUAGACGACUGGGUGUUUUGGGAUCAAUUAAUGCAGGACCACCAAGCACCAGGCAGUUAG